AUCUUAUACUCUUUUCAUUUCAAAAUAAAUGACACGUUAAACUUUUUUUUUAAUUACUCAUACACUAAUUUCACCAUAUAGUUUUAAAUAAAUUCUAUCGUGAAAUAUGUUGCUAGAUACGUAUCAAUAUAAAGUUUCAUAAUAUCAACAUUUUUUUAAAUAAUUUUUACAAAUCAUAUAUAAUUAAGGUCAAACUAGCACAUCGACAUAUAUGUACAAAAUUUAAUUUGUGUCAAUUAUUUUAGGACGUAUAAAUAAUUAAGAAAAAAAAAAGAAAAACCGCGUAAAUAAGGUAAAAUCCAUGUGGGCAAGAGUCCUAUAUAAACACUUAGCAUACUCUCCUCCCUCAUUUGCACCUUUCUCUCUCUUUUCUCUUCUCUUCACCAAAAAUAUAACACCCUUUCAAUUUUCUCUUCUGUCUCCUCAUCACUUCUCAAGUACACCACAAAACCCCCCCUUCAAAAUAUCUCUUAAAUUAAAUCAAAACACACAAAUAAAUUAUAACCGCGAUGAUUUUAAUGAGCAACAACAUAAGCGGGGUAGGAUUAGAAGUUGUAACGGGAGGAACAAACGGUAGUGGUGGUGACGGUGUCGGGGUUGGUGAUGGUGAUGGUGGGAUGAUUUUGAAGAAGGGGCCGUGGUCAGCAACCGAAGACACGGUGUUGAUGGAUUAUGUCAAGAAAAAUGGAGAAGGUAAUUGGAAUGCGGUGCAAAGAAACACCGGACUACAACGUUGUGGUAAGAGUUGUAGGCUAAGAUGGGCUAACCAUCUCCGACCCAACUUGAAGAAAGGUGCCUUCUCUCCUGAUGAAGAACGCCUUAUCAUUGAUCUUCACUCUAAGCUUGGUAACAAGUGGGCCCGCAUUUCUGCUCAUUUACCGGGUAGGACGGACAAUGAAAUCAAGAAUUAUUGGAACACAAGAGUAAAAAGGAGAAUAAGACAAGGUCUUUCACUUUACCCAAAUGAUCUCCCAACACCAACACCACCACCAUCUCAACAACACCACCACCAAUUUCAUCAUCAUUCAACAAACCCUCUUUCUCUCUCUCUUCCAAAAACUCCACCUCCAACUCUCUCUCUCUUCAACCCUGUUUCUCUCUCCUCCCCUGUUUUCUCUCUCCACCAUCCUCCCCCUCUCCUCCCUUCCCAACAUCAUCAUCACUCCCUCAAAAGAUGCACUUCAACUAAUAACUCCUUAUUCAUGGGUAAUAAUAAUCCUAUUUUCUCCCCCUCUCAAGUGGAUCCCCUUUCGGCCGGGUUCGGAUACGAUCCCGGCUUUGGCUUCGGUGGACCCGGUUUCGAGCUCCCUUCAAUCAGAUUUAGCCAAAAUGAACAGAGUGGUGGUAAUGUUUAUGUCAAGGUGGAAGAAGAUGAUAAUGGAGUGAAGGUUAAUAAUAAUCCAAAUGUUGUGGGUCGGACUAAUAGUGGGUUGUUGGAUGAUCUUUUGCAAGAAUCUCAUGUUAAGGUUAGUGUUACGAGAGAAAGAGAAGAGGAUUUUGGGCUUCACUGGGAUAUUUCUAGCUCUGAGAAUUCUUCCAAUGGAAUCAAGAAAGAAAAAAUGGAUGAUCAACAACAAAAGAUGAACUUCAAUAGUCAAGAGUUAUCAAACAUCCUUGAGCUGAUUCCAACCCUUGUCCAGGCUCCUUCGUGGUGUAACGAAGGCGUUGCAGAAGGCUCGGCUCCUCAAUCUUCUGCUGUUAGCAUUGAUGAUAAUUACAAUGGAUUCGAUGAUCAAAUGCCGCAACCUCCAUCUUUUACAGCCGUAAACAAUACAAACUAUGAAGAAGAUGAUGGCAAUUGGAAUCCUGAGUCCUAUAAUUGGGAUAACUUGCCUAGGAUUUGUUGACCGGCCUUGAUUAUUUGCUGAAUUAUUUAAACUUAAUUAUGAAAACUUGUUUAAGGAAGGGAUUAGAGAUUAAAUGUUGUUUAAUUUGUAGUUGGUUUUUACUAGAUCAUAGCUCAGAUCAUUUGUUUCAGAAUUGGAGUGCAUAUAUGCCCUUUGACAAAUUUUUUUAGUCUUCAUUAAUAUUAUGCACUCCUUGCUCUAAAAUUGUUUCUCAUUCAAUGAGUAAUACCUAGCCAAAUAAAAAUAAAAAAAAAUAAAAAAAAAAUCUCAAGUAUUUCGCAA